GAAAAGAAAGUUGACGUUGGACGUUGCUAGCACAGUGUCCUCUCGGCCUUAUUGUGGUACUGUGUUGGCAUUCCUGUAGGCUCUGUUGUAGCGUCAAUGGGUGGAGGCUCGAUAUAAGUGUUUUGGAUAGACCCAGUCACUUCUUGUUAAGCACUGUCUCUUAAGUCCGUAAGUUGGUAACUAAGAUCCCUGACAGACGACUUCUUAGUGAGAUUCUGCGACGUUGCUUCCGGUUGGAUCUUCUACCUUUGAGAGACUUUUCUAUAAACUUCUUUAUUACUAAAUUAUAUGCAGACGAUUGCUUUUGGAUUGAUGGAUUAAUCUCCCUUUCUUCCUCUGCGUGAUUUUGGAUUUUGAGAUACAAAGUUGAUGUCGAUGCCAUAACUUACACUUGUAUCUUGUUGGGUCAAUUCUUGACCCCACUGAAAAAAAGAAUGGAUCCCCUGGAUAUUGCAGAGUUCGACUCACUGACCAAAGAUGGCCAUAAAACAGAGCCACCUGCAGACGUUAACGAUGACGACGACUUCGAUUUUAUCUUCGUCGAGAAGUCGCCACCCGCCCUCCCUUCGGCAGCGCCCCCGAAAUUGUCGGCUACCAAGGGCCACAACCUGUUGUUCAGUCUGGACGAAGGUUCCGUGAUCUCCGAAGGGAAAGAGUCGGCGUCAGUUGUGUUCGACGCCCAGGACUUAUUUGCUGAUUUGGAGUUUGCUGACAGUGAGAAGCCAUUAGCGGAAGUGGUCGGAGCCGAGGGAGAUCUGAAACAAAACUGCUUUUUUGAUGAUUUCUUGGAUUUUGAUAAUAUGUCUACUUUGCACAGUUCAUUGAACCAGUUGCCAGAGGAAACUCCAGUUUCAAAUGUCACUCCUGCAUCCAAUGUGGAUUUGCUAUUUGGAGUGGAUGCUGUUGAUGUUAAAGCUGAUGAAACAAUAACCAUCUCAGAUGUCAGAGUGAGCAACCCUCCAGAUGUUCUGGAUUUUUUAGACCUUGGCUGUGGAAGUGUACCUGCCACAAUCCAGAUUUCCACUAUGGAGGAUGAAAUUAUUCUGACAGAGCCACCUAACGAGCUCAUUAUCCCUGACAUAAAUAAAGAAAUUUCUGUAGAUAUUCAAGUUAUUAAGGACGGUAUGGACAUAUCUGUGGAGGAGGAGGAAAAGGUGAAAGAGCAGGCUGAACAUGGAGAGAAAGAAAAGAUGGAGACAUCCAGCAAUGAGGACAAAGUGGAUGGCAUCCCAGUCAAAUAUGAUGAUGAUCUUGAUUUUUCUCUGCUUAAGCAGCCUGGAAUGUCACUUUUAAAUUUUGAAGUGUCCAAACACAAGAGGUCACUCAGCCAGAAGGGAUCCAUUGCUAACAGGAAGAAACCAACAAGAGCUGCCAUCCUACCCAGUGACAAUGAAGAAAGAAUAUUUAUUGACUCGUCAGAGUCUAAACCAGUGAAGACAGAUGACCUUGAUGGCUGCACCAGUUCCAAGGUCAAAGAGCCUGAUUGCCCUCUGCCUCCUAUACCUGCUGCUGAGGAAGACAAGUUGCCUAGUGACCCUGGUAAACGUUUUGGAGGAGUUAAAAUCCCUGGACUUUUAGAAGGACUCAGUAAAAAUAAGGUCUUCACUAAAAAUGAGAAAACUGAAGUGGAAACUGACAAAUGCUCAGACAAUAAAGUUCUAAAUCCAGCAGAGAGAAUACAGGCUUCUGACAAUGAUCAAGCUCCCCAGAUAAAAUCUAAGCCACUUGUCUUGCCACGUGUUUUACCCAGUGUGAUACCAAGACCUGCAACCAAGGUGCUGAAAGAAACUCAGAAUCACAGCACAGUGAGUGACGCAUCCCCUGCCACUCGACUCUUAGAAAAGGACAAACAGUCAUCCACAGCACCAGAGCGCAGGGACACCAAGUUGUCUUUUGGUGCCAACAAAGUGCUGCCUUCUAAACCUGAUAUUAACCUUGCAACACCUGCAGUGAAACAGGAGGUAGCUAAGCCUCCAGCAAAAAUACCACCACCAGUGCCUAGCAAGCCAUCAGUACCACUGAAGCCUGCAAGGACUAUGCUUGGAUCUGCAUCCUUCAGUGUUGCAGACAGACCUGGCAUGAGCAAAAAGAGUGCCUUACCUUCCCUUACUUCCCAUAGUAAAGGUUUGGAUUUUACUGAUUCACCAGAUGGUAAUCUCAAUAUUGAGUCUGCAACCACAGACUCAAACUCUGUCUUCAAGACUAAUCCAGUAGCUGCAUCCAAAAUAAGCUCAACAUUAGGCAAUAUUACCACUGAGCCUGAUAUCAGUAAAAACACUACAAUCACAAGAGCAUCAUCUUUAAGAGCACCUGGGUAUACAGAAAUGUUUAAGUUCAAGACCAGAGAUGCAGAUCCAACAAAAGUGUCAAAUGUUGAGACACUUAAUACAACUGGGAAGGUCAGUGGUAAAGAUGGUAAUUCAUUUGAGACAAUAGAAAAGUCUGAGCUUUCUAGUGUUGCAAAGGAGGAGCUAGUUGUGCUAAGAAAAUCAAGUAUAAGUGGUGUCAGCUCUGUCAAGUCUCCUUCGGUGGUAGACAAGAGCCAGUCUAAUGGGUCAAGAAGGGGCAGCUUCACUGGAAGUGCCUAUAACCCUAUUGGCUUUAGGCCAUCGGUGGCCAGCGCUGACACUGAGGCCAGCAAGUCCAGGUCAAAUUCUGUGUCAGAUGAAACACCUAGUACUACAGAGGUAACUGCACCCUCCACAGACGUGAAAGCUGCUAAAGAAAUUACCAAUGGAAUUGAGGCUCCAAGGCUAAGAAAUAGUUCAUUUAACACAAUUGGCAGCUCAUCCCUGACAACUGCAAGCUCUGUUAAACAUUCUGAAGACCUCAAGUCUGCACCCCCUGUAGAAGAGAAAAAGAAAGAUGUUACUAAUGAAACCAACAAACUCAUUAGAGACCAGGCCAAACUGUCCAAAGAAUCCCUCACGCCAGUGAAGACCCCAUUCCAUGCACCUCCAGCUAGUAAAAGUGACAGUACUCAAGAGAAGGCCUCUCCUUGGAAAGUUCAGCUUAGAAAAGUGGAGAAAAAAGAGAAAACCCCAGAGCCUCAAACAAGUACACAGGAGAAUGACUCACCUAAUAACUGGAGGCAGCAGAUGGCACAAAAGCGUCGGAGCAUGACAAAUACUCGAGUCGAACCCGAUAAGACCAAAGACACCACACCAGAAUGGGCCAGAGCGUCAAUACAUAGAAGACAGAGGUUAAUAGAAUCUGGAAUAAUUAGUGCUGAGGGAAAAUGAUACCAAGGCUAUGGACGAUGUCUACAGGAUUAGAUAACGUUAUGUUAAAACUUCUGAAGAUAGCAGGAGAGGUAACUCUUCAAGAUGAGUCCAAGGAUAAUACUUUUCAUGCUGAAGGCAAAGUAGAUCACUUAGUGUCAGAUCUCAACUGCCAUAUCUUUGUUUCUAUUACUCCAAGGCCACCAAUGAGUUUUAUGGUACACCAUAACUUGAUGGCUUGUUUGUUUUGAAACUAUUCAGUUUGUAGCAUACUGUUGCUGUUUAUAGUCAAUCCAACCUGGGCUUACUGUAUGAGUCUAAAAUUAACGUUUUGAUGAAAAUUGACCUCUUUAUAUUAAAGUUUACAUUUCGAUAUCUGUUUUGUUUUAUGAUUUGUCUAGUACAAAAUUCAGAGUGAGUGGUUCAGAAAAGAAUCACCUUUAAGAAAGAUAAAAAGCAACUUUAUUAUUGUGAAAGUAAUAGAGCUUAAUUUCUUUUUUUAAUUGAGGCUUAGGCCUCCUACAGGCAUUUUUGAAUUUUUUAAAUAUUUUGUACAAUGUUUUUUUUUUUAAAUUAAGUCCUAGGCACAUAGGUAUUGUGAAAAUUUUAAAUAAUAAUUUUGCAAAAUGAUUUUUUAAAAUCAAGUUCUAGGCCAAUAGAUAUUGUUGAAUUGUUUAAAUAAAUAAUUUCUCAUAUUAAUUUUGUUACUUUAAUGGCAAAGACAAACUAUUGAAACUAUCAUUCCCAGACAAGUUUCAGGGCUUUAAAACUGCAUCUUCAGAAAACAUUCAAGUGUUAUUUUAUACUUUUUUUAUAUAAAUUAUAUUUAGCUUUUAUUAUCUCCCUUAAUGAUGGCAUGGCUCCAUAUUGACUUGCUCAGUAAAUAAAUCAUCUAUAUAUAUAUAUAUAUUUCUUUUUAAAUUUUUGAAUCUGUACAAUUGUUUUUGGAAAUGUUCCAACCUUAAAUGUGUGUUGUAUUGUUUGAAAAUGUUGACUCUAAGGCCAUGUAUUUGCUCAAUUCUUUUAUUCAUUUGAAAACUAGAGAGUUCCACUAAUAGUUUUAUUUUCAUGGAUUUAUACUUCAAUGAAACAUAUUUUUCUGCUGUUGAAUCACCUAAGGGGGUUUUGUUGGGCAAGUUAAUGAAAGCUUGUUAAGGAAUGUUUUGUAUACAUCUGACAUUUUACUUACAGAAUAGGCUUCAGGUUUUCAUUUUACAUUUAGCUGUGCAACUAUUUGUCAUGUCUAAAUUAGCUGUAGAACUGUCAUGUCUUAUUUAGCUAUUGAACUGUCAUGUCUAAAUUAGCCGUAGAACUGUCAUGUCUUAUUUAGCUAUGGAACUGUCAUGUCUAAAUUAGCUGUAGAACUGUCAUGUCUUAUUUAGCUAUUGAACUGUCAUGUCUAAAUUAACUGUAGAACUGUCAUGUCUUAUUUAGAUGGAGAACAUUUUGUCAUGUUUUGUUUAGCUGUGGACUUAUUUUAAAUUACCUUAUUGAUUUUUUGGGUUUAGUUUUUACUUUGUUUGUAAAUAAAAUUUUUAAAUUAUUUUUAGGUACAUUCUCUCAACAUUAAAAAAAAACCCAAUCAGUUCAUUUAGUACAUGAAUUUUCUUUCCCCUUUGUAUUAGUUUUUAAAUAAUCUCCUAUUUUUUUAGAUUAAUUCUUAAAAUGGAUAUUUUCACCUUGUGACUACUUUUGUAAGAAAGCAUCCCAUGUAACGAACUCGCUAAAAUAGACCUUAGUGACAAAAUAACAUUGUUUGCUGCUCAAAGACUAAAACCUAUUUUGCUUUGAAAUGUAUAUUCUUGAAUUGUUGCAUUGCAUAUCUCUGGUCUGUCCUCUCCGUCCUGACUCAUACUCUAAAUAUUUCACUCCCAAAUUUACAACUGGUUCCACCUAACAAGAUUAAACCUCAAUGUGUCUUACCACAAUGAAACUGCAUUAGGGCAAACCUAGACUUUGAUCCUCCAGUGCCAUUUGGCGCAUCAGACAGCAAGCUGUCUGCAUAGAAAUCAAUCUGCAACCUUUUCCCAGCUGAUGUUCACUGCCCUGAGGUUCUCUAUGAAGGUGCAACACUUGUUAUACAAGGACAUAAUUAGGGUAGACAUGAUUAAAAUGUGUCGAUUUCUUUAAUAAAUUCCAUUCAUUUAGUAGUUUUGAAAAAAUUUUAUACAAAAUGUUCAGAGCUACAUACUAAUGCCUUAAGGUAUGCUUAGAGUUAUAUACUAAUGCCUUAAGUAUACUUAGAGUUAUAUACUAGUGCCUAAAGGGAGGCUUAACUAUUUAGAAUAAUGACAACUCCUGUUUCUUCAAUUGCAAUCACAUACUUGAGAUUGAUUUGUUCUUUUAUCUAAAUAUUAAAACGUCUCAUACAUAUAUGGAACAUCUUAACCUAUAUUCCAUUCAAUCCCUGAUUGUGGUCCCUUGAGUGGACUACCAAAUCUCUGUCUUGUUCAAAAGUUCUAGCCUCCAGCAGAAUAAGAGCAUGAGAUGUUACUGUUGGCAGCUCAGUCAGCCUGGCAUCUAAUAGUAGUUCAAAUGUUGAGAGUUAAACAAACGCAGUACAUAAUAUUUUUAUGUUGCUGUUUCAGUUCUACUGGCUUGUUUAAAAUUAAUCACAUUAAUGCUUACAAGUAUUUUAAGAAUGGGUAAAAGCUUUUUCCAACAUUCCCAAGUAUUUGUUGCUGAUAUUUUCUGAGGCGCCGUUUUGUAUUAUUGCACAUCUCUUGUAUUGCUGCAACGAUAUCAGGAGCUCAUUAGUAUGUGAAAUAACUCCAUUUCUUAUAGUCUACAAAUUUCAUACCAUUUUUUCAGUAUUUAUUUUAUGUAAUUUUUUUUAUGAAUAUUAGAUUAUUCUAAUGUUAAGCCUGUAAAGACUUGGUUUUCACCAAAUUAAUGGCCUGCUACAUUAGGGUUUAAAAAUGGAUGCACUUUUUCUAGUUUGUUUCUGGAAACAACACACCAUGAUCCACUGGUUGGGUUCCUGAUGCCUACAUUUUUUAGGCUUUUGUUUAAUCAUUAAUAUAUCUGAUGCAAUAGAUAUUUAGUUCACUGAUUUACAUAAAACAUUAAUUUCUUACCAUUUUAAAAAGAAAAUAUAAGUUGAAGGUUUCAUAUUGAACAAGAUAUUCAAACAAUUUUUUGUUGAAAACCUUUCUUUUCAUUCGUAUGUCAACAGGGUUUUAUCUUUUUUAUUUACUAAUAGGAUAAUUUUCUCCUUGAGCUCCAAGUGUUUUAGGUCAGUACAAGAUGCAGCUAUGUUGUGGCCUUCAUUUAUUCAACUAUAAACUUGCUAAGCAUGUCUUAUCCAUGUUUUAUUCAUUAACAGAAAUGCUUAGUGACAUGUGCAUAACAAAGAGAUUCCACUAACUUUACUAUUCUACUCAUGAACAAAAGAAUACAUUGAUUGUUGUUGUUUUUUAACAGAGAGGCUCCAAGUCCAGCAAGUUUAUUUUCUCUGACCACAUUGACUUGUUCAGAGAAUCUGAAAUCCUGUUGAGUCAUUGGAUUCAUGUUUUUUGAAACCAAUGUGCAUCUCCCCCUAUUAGGAAACUUGUUGAUAACACUUGAGCGAGCACUAUGUUCUAAAGUCAUGGGAAGAAGCAAAGUUAGCUUGCAUAGUCUAAGGAAUAAAACAAUUUGCAUUACAUCUCUGUAUACGCCUGAAUAUCCUAUUACACCCAUGUGAUAGUUAACAAAAUAUUCACUAAAUUGAACUAUCACAUAGCUACAAGAUUGAGCUAAAUAGUUUGUACUAAGUUUCUUCAAGAUUUCUGUGCAAUCUGCUGUGUAUUUUAUGCAUAUUUACUAUGCCAAUGGUAAUUGUAUAGUAUACAUUAUCUCUCUUGGUCUAUCUCAUUAUGUGGUGUUGUACAUGAAGCACACUGGUUGAUCUUGUAGCUGAAGUCUAAACAUAAUGAUUGGAACAAUUGAAAUUAGCAGCACCACACUCACUCAAUGAUGUCUGAGAACUCAACUCAAAUACUGUGAUUCAGAGUUUCUCGAAGUAUUCUUGACUAAGUUUAUAACUUGCAAUUAGAAGGUCUAAAUAUUAGGGUUGUGUUAUUGUCUAUAUGAGAAAUCUAUUCAUCAAUGUGUCAAAGUUUUGGAUAUUUUAAACAAUUGUUGAAUUAUGUCUAAUCACUUGUUAUGUAUGAUUUGUAAGUCCUAUUGAUGACUAGUUUAAUGCUAGUGUUUCUUUUAACACAAGGUUUAUGGUGAUGUACAUAGAAUAGUUUAUUUGAGAGGUUUUUCCUUACAGUGUUUAGUCAGUUGUGUGAUUCAAGUACUGUAACCAAGAUAUUCACUUAUGGUGAAUGGGUUCUGCUUUAACCAAAAUAAUUUUGUGUAGAAAGUGUCAAUAUUGAUUUUUUUCCCUAUUGUGUAUAAUUCUUUUUAAAAGACAAACUAUAUUAGAAAUUUUUAUAGUUUAACACUUCUUUACAUGGAGUGUUUAUAACAUUGGCACUUCCUGAACCCAUAAUAAUUAUGCUACGGGGUGAAAUCUUCAAUCUAUCAUUUAUACCAAACUAAAGAUUUUAUCAAUGUGGUUUUAAUGAAUCAUUUUUAUCAUAUUCAGUUAUAAUGUGCAUAUAAUAUAUAUAUCUCAAAUGAUCAUUAUGUUUUUGUACAUGGUCUUUUGAAUAACUUUUUUAAAAAUAAUAAACAAACUGAUUGCUAA